AAAAGCUAACUAUCUAAGAAACAGCUGAAUUGUUUUUAUCAUGUUUGUAAACAAAAAACUUUUUUUUUGCCAGUUUCGAGACUUGCAUUAAAUAAAUUUUUUACUUAGUUGUAGGUUGAUAAAAAUUGCAUUAAUUAUUGUUACCCUGGCCAUUCUAAAUUAUUGAUCAUGAGCUGUGUGAAAAGUAUUCUAUUUAAAUUAAUAUCAAAUGAAAACGACUUUUGUUUUUUAUGUUAUAACUCUUUAAAUGAAGAAAGUCAAAAUAUAUACUUUGUUACUGAUCAAAUAUAUUUGAAAGACAAAGAUGAUCUGAACAUGUUACAAAUAUUGGAUUAUGUGGUGGGGCAUAGGUUUAUACACAGUAGAUCAUCAGAUUUUAUUUGUCAAAGAUGCACAGAAUUGGCAAUUAGUUGUUACAGAUUCAUUGAAACCUGUCAAAAAAAUAUACAGGAUACUGAGACCGCUAUAAGAAGCCUCAAUGAGCAUUUUGAGAUAAAAUCAGAAACAGAGUCGGGUAAAGCAAUGAUUGCAUCAUUAAAUAUAAAUGAUUUUACAAUGAAACAAUAUUAUGUCCAGGAAAUUAAUGAUAAAUUAUUGGCAUUACAAUAUUUUUUAUCUGUUUCUGAUACAGAUAAUACUGAAAAAGGCAAUUUGUUAACUAAGGAGACUGAAAUAGAGAUAUACAUAGAAAACACUACUAAAGAUAUAAAUCCCACAUGUGAAAGUAACAGUCAUGGGAAUCUUACUAUAUCACUUCAAGACAUGGUACUUAAUGAAAAUGAUAGAUCAAUAUAUAAAUGUAAAGCCUGUUUUAAAAUAUUUUCGAGACCUCAUAAUUUAAGGCAACAUUAUAUGAGAUUACAUGCCGCUAAAACUUAUAAAUGUAAACAGUGCCAAAAAAGUUACGGCUCAAUAACUAUUUUAAAGCAGCAUAAUUAUGAAAGCCAUUAUAAUAAAGUUUGCACCAAAUGUGGUAAAAUGUUUCAUAAUAGAACAAGAUUAAAUAUGCAUGAAAUUAGUCAUAACUUAGAACUCUUAUGUCAGAUGUGUGGCAAACAUUACAAGAGUCUGCAUUCUUUUAAAAAACAUGUGAAAACCAAAAUAUGCCAACAAAAGCCCAGGAAACCACUAGAACAAAAAUUUAUUUGUGAUUAUUGUAAUAAAAAAUAUGGUUCCAAACAAACAUUAGGCAUUCAUAUAAAAUUUGAACAUGGAAAUGAAAAAGGUCAUGUUUGCUCAUGGUGUGGUAAAAGAUUUUGUGCAAAAAGUAAACUAAAAGCUCAUAUAGUAAAACACACUAGAGAAAAAAACUACAAUUGUGACUUAUGUCAUAAUAGGUUUGUCACAAAAGAAUCUUUAUUGAUCCAUACAAGACAACAUACAGGGGAAAAACCAUAUGAAUGCUCACAUUGUAACCAAAAGUUUAUAACAUCGUCCAGAAGAGCAGAGCACAUAAGAAAGCAACAUUUGGAAUUAAUUUAGAAAUGUAACAUCUACAAGAAUAAGUUUAAGACACGGGCUUAUCUACUGCAGCAUAGGAAAAAGACCCAUACAAUAAUAUAUGAAUAAUUAAACGCAUUUCAUUUGAGUAUGCUAAUUAAAUCUUAAAAAGAUUAAUUUCUUUUAUUUUUACUAAACAUUUAUUUCAACAGGUUACAUACAAUGUUGUCUUUUUUUUUAUACAACUUGUGAAUGGCAAACAAGCUGACGGCCCACCUGAUGGAAAGUGGUAACCGUCGCCUAUAGACAUGAGCAGUACCAUAGACAACAGAGUAUACUGUUUCGCCUAUGAUACCCCCAAUGUGUUGCCAUUCCUGAGGACUCAGAUGUUAUUCUUCUGUACCCUGUAAAUUCACGCCAUAUCCUACCCUUCAAACCGAAACACAGCCAUGCAAACACAACAGCU